UUGAUAUUUACUAUUAACUAGCUCUUAUAAAUAGGCAUCAUUAUACAGAGAUGAUUUAUAGUUAUGUUAUAGGAGAACUUUAAUCCUUCUAAGUUUUGAUUCACUACUCUGAAUCAUGGAUGCAUACAGAGAAUUCAAGCAUGCUUACAGGGGAUAUUUUGUGGAUAAACCAAAUUAUUUGUGCACAGAAGAUCUUCAGGUUACAGUUAAUUUCAAGGAACUUGAUGGUUUUGAAAAUUUAGUUAUACUUGCUUAUAACUUAUUAUUGGCAUGCCCUGAACCCGGACUUGGUUAUCUAAAAGUAUUGCACAGAUAUGAAAAGUUAAUGAAAAAAAACAGAGUACAAAGGAAGACCACAAACCCAGUUAAGUUUGCGACAAUAUGCUAUGUCUUGCAUCAAUAUUGUGUGAAAAUUUUGAGAUCGCCCUGGAGGAAUGAUUAUCUCAUAAUUAAGGAUUACAGCGGAUUCUACCAAUACACUUUGUAUGAACAUCUUGCGCCUUCCAUUAUCGAAGAACUCUUACACCUUAUUGGAUUUGAGUAUGAACAAGAUCUUAGUAUGUUCCAGUUCAAUCCUACUAUGAAUCAACAGGUUGUUCAAUCAAUAACAGAAGCAGGAAUUGGAUUCUUCUUGUCAUAUGUUCAUUGCAUGAUUUCACAUGAUGCACAUUUCAAAAGAAAAGUUGCGACAAUGAAUUACUCGCUUCAACAAUCAAGAAUUUCAAAACAUAGUCCAAUGCAAUCCUAUAAUUCUGAACAGCCGAGUACAAGCAGAAUGAAUAGGACAAAAAAUAUCACAAGGAAUGUUGAUUCAUCAAGCAUGAACAAUUUCAACACAUCGCUUGAGAACUUGAGAGAAAAACGUUUGAGAAAUUCGGAGUUUAGUAAUCCUUAUCCAGUGGACAUCAGGACUCAAAGUCGAUCUAGCAAUCAUGGACAAGAAAAGGCUGCUACAAACCUAAUGAUGAAUGAUAUUUAUGACUCCCACAGAAAUCCGCUUAAUUUAUCGAAUUCUAAUCAAAGUGCAGGUGCCAGUAAUUCUGUGUCAGUGCGUCAAGGUUCUCCACAUUCUGACUACAUGGAUGACCAAUCUCUCUAUUGUGGCGCUGAUUCUAAACUUUACAAUUCCAAUGGUGACAAUAAUAGAAAUCUAUCAUCUGAAAAUUCACUCAAUGAAGUACUUUAUCCACCAAAUAUAGUGGGACAAAGCACUCAUUCUCUUGAUGUUCAAAUGGAAAAUUUCCGCUUUGAUGAAGGAUCUAGACAAAAAGAUUAUGCUAUGGCAACUGCUGCACAUGGAAUUGAAGCUUCCCCAAACAAACACGCUUCCUCCCUUUCUGCAAAUUAUGUCAAGUUUUAUCCUCGUAGGGGUUCGCCAGAUGGAGAAAUAACCACUGAAGGCCACUAUGAUCAUCGUGCACCUGAACGACAAAACAAGAUAUCAUCAUCUAGAAUAUAUCCCAGACAUUCCACAGAACAACGUCACAUAUAUCAUGACAUAGAUGAUAAUACCCAUUAUGGUCAGUGAUUGGGAGUACUGUUAUGCCAAGGUUGCACAAGUUGUCAUCAAAUUACCUUUAUGCUUAUUGGUUUGUAAAGGCAUAGCCUAUUUCAUUAUUACAACAUUACUCUAGUAGUCUUAAAUUGAGGAGGUGAAGUUAAUUUUAUGUUAUAGCUAGCAUGGUAAAAUCUCAACCAUCAAAGCUUUGGUGUUGUUAUGUGGUGAUAUUAUAUAUAUAAAUCAAUGAUCCACUAAGGAUGCAGAUUAUUUUUAACACCUUCUGUGUGUAUAUUGUGAUCAGUGUUUAUAACAUGUUGUGUCCUGGACAAGAUAAUUUUGGUUAUAUUUCAUUGCUAAUGGAGUCUGACUCUGGUUUGACACCAGUGUUUCGCAUCUUUUGAGCUCCAAUAGUCCAUACAUAAUCAGAUUAUCGGGAGAAAAUAAUGAUAAUUAAUCACAAAAAGAGAAGUCGGCAGCCUCGAUGAGGCGAGAGAGCAGAAAUGUUCCUAAAUUAGCAGCAAUAUUUCAUACAUAAUGGCUAUGAUUAAUUGUUAAAAGUCUAUCUCCAAGCAUGGCUAGAAAAGUCAAAAAAAAAUAACUGAAUGGUGAUAAGAUUGCAUUUUGUUCAUCGAAUUGUUUUUGACUUUUUGUGCACGCUCGUACACUGAUUUUAAAAUAGCAAAUGCUAUUCAUGUGGUCCAAAAAUAUUCUUUGACUUGUAAUACUCGUCUAUUUGAAAUGUUAUAUUAAUAAAAAAAAUUGUAAUAUUUGUA